UCAAAUUUCCUUAGACUUAUAAUUGUUGAAAAUUUCACCAUUGGGAUAUUUCAUACUUGGAAAAUUUCUUACUGAUAGUCUAUUGGAAUGGGAACUCCAUUGGCAUGGGAGGUUCCUUCUCUUCCCUUCUUAAGAUUACUUUAGGACAGAAACCCUUUGCUGAACAAUGGAAAAGACUUUGACCUAUGCUUAAGCAUAGAACAGGAAUUUCUUUGAGUCUUGAUUGAUUUAGAAUUGAUACAAUGGAGAUACUUGGAAUCAAUCUCCACCCUAUUCAGUCCUAAUAGGAUUGAGUAAGGGCUGCAGCCUAGAUCAAAAUUUAAUUAUUCCAAUCUCUACCAUACUCAAGUUAACAGGAUUUAGAAAGGGCUGGAACAAAGGAGUAAAGAUUUAAUCAUUUGAAAAUAUGACCUUCAACAGACAUGUGCAAAAGCCAGAAACCUCUGGGCGGUCCUGGGUUAAGCGAGAGCCUCCAUUGACAGGGAAAUUGAUGAAGAGUGAUUGGUAGAUGUGAGGACUGAGGGGAGGCAACUUGGAUGGUGUCCUUAAAGAUAGGAGGGUCUGGAGACUCGGGGAAGAGGAUUGAGUUUUUGGUCGGUGUGGUUCCUGGGCUCUGAGGAAGCUUGCUCUGAAGGAAGCUGAAGGUGGGGGCCUCUGAGACUGUUUCUCCAUUUUGGACACGUGAGUGAAAGGGACUGAUCUCUUUUCUUUGCCCCAGCUAUCUAAGGGCUUGGGCCUUUUGGCCCAGCCUAAACAGAAGGGGUAUUUAAGCCCUAUUCCCUUCUCUCCCCUUUCUCUCUAUAUAUAUAUCUCUAAUUCCUUUCUUGCUCCGAUUGUAAUUAAACUCCAAAAAAGGCUGACGGCUGACUUGAGUUUUUCAUUUAGGAAUUACAUAGCUGAUUCCUUGGCGACCUUAAAUUAAUAUAUAUCAGUCUUUUAAAGUGAUUCCCUUGUAACACUACUGACACCAAUGUCAAACUAACUUAAGAUUGGGAACAUGGUUGUAUUCAGAGUAAAAUUAAUGCCCAAACAAAUAGAAAAUCUUUUGGAUUCAAUAGAUUAGAGAAAACUGGAAAAUAAAGCAUGAAUUAUUUUUCUCCUUGACCACCCAUAGUCUUGUCAUUCACUUAUUUUGUCUUACAGGAAAACAAUUCCAGAAAGCCCAAUGGAGGAAUGGAAUCAAACCACCACUGGUUUCUUCUUGCUGGGAUUGUUUCCCCCAACAAGUGCUCGCCUGUUUCUCUUCCUUCUUGUUUUCCUCAUCUUCCUGAUUGCCUUCUUAGGUAACUCCAUCAUGAUUCUCCUCAUUAGUGUGGAUCGCCACCUCCAUACUCCUAUGUACUUCCUACUCAGUCAUCUCUCCCUUAUGGACCUAAUGUAUAUUUGCAGUACGGUUCCCAAAAUGACUGUGAACUUCCUAUCUGGGAACAAUUCCAUUUCCUUUGUGGGUUGUGGAUUUCAAAGUGUCUGUUUUUUACUCACAGGAGGGGUUGAAGCUCUACUCCUAGUAGGCAUGGCCUAUGACCGUUAUGUGGCCAUUUGUCGCCCCCUUCACUAUCCUAUUCUCAUGAGCAAGAGAAUUUGCUUGCUUAUGAUUGCAGGGUCUUGGGUCUUCUCAUCUGCCAAUGCCAUAUCACACACAGUGUACGCAUUCCGUAUUCCCUACUGUAAAUCCAGAGUUAUUAACCACUUCUUCUGUGACAUCCCAGCCAUGCUUCCUCUGGCUUGUAUGGAUACACAGACCUAUGAGUACACUGUGUUCUUUAGCACCAACAUAUUUCUUUUGGUCCCAUUCAUUGGAAUUAUGACAUCCUAUGGUCGAGUUCUCUUUGCUAUCUACCAUAUGCACUCAUCACAAGGGAAGAAGAAAGCUUUCACCACCUGUUCCACCCAUCUCACUGUGGUGACCUUCUACUAUGCCCCUUUUACCUAUACUUAUCUCAGGCCCCCAGCUUUCCGCUACCCAGAAGAGGAUAAAAACUUGGCUGUCUUUUAUACCAUCCUCACCCCUAUGCUUAACCCCAUCAUCUACAGCCUAAGAAAUAAGGAGGUCUUAGGGGCCCUGAGGAGAGUCUUUGGGAAAGCCUUACCUAAGAAAGAAGAUCUUGGCUUAUAAAGUCACAGAAACAGAAAUAGACAUAAUUCUAGAAAUCAUGGAAUCUGACUCCCUUAUUUGACAUCACUGAGGCUCUAUCAUUCUACCAACAAUAGGAUUCCCACAUCAGGAAAAUUUGUGUUCCUGAAAUUAAUGGAUUAACCAAUAUUUAUUUAGCACUAAACAUAUAUUAGAUCCCAUACUGAGUAUAGAGAAUGCUAAUGAAAAAGAGGCCCAUCUUUCAAGGAGUUUAAAUCCUAAUGGGUAGGUACAACAUGUUUGCAGAUUAGGUAAGCUGUAUCCAAAGUAAAGCAGUGACUGUAAACUCAAAGGAUAUGAAUCAAGCAGGAAGUGUCAUAUAAGCUGAGCCUUGAAAGGAGCCUUGAAUAGAGAAUAUUCUAGGCAUGGAGGAAUAAGAUACAGUCUCAUGGGAGGAAAAUAGCAAGAGGGCCAGUGUGGUUGGAGGAUAGUGUGAGGACAUGGCAAUAGUGGGAACUACUCUUCAAAUUGUAGGAUAGAUGGACACAUUUUGUAUAGGUUUUUAAAUGGCAAAGAGAACAGUUUCUAUUUUAUACUAGAGCUAGUCUUGACUGACUGGAGUGCUUUGGGCAAGGGAGUGACAAGUUCAGAGAUGAAAUAUUAGUUCAUCCAGAAUUACAACCAUGACAACACUAAAGGCAUGAAGCUGAAAUUAAAUUCUGUGAGGUUAAUUCAGUUGUGCCCAACUCUUUACGACUCUAUUUGGGAUUUGCUUGGCAAAUAUAUCAUAAGAGUUUGCAUCUAAUUUUACAGAUGAGUAAAUGGAGGACAACAGGGUUAAGUGACUUGUUCAGGGUUAUGCAGCUAGUGAGUAUCUGAGGUCAGACUUGAACUAAGGAAGAUGAGACUUCUUGACUCCAGGUCCAGUGCUUUAGGCACUGUGCCAUGUGGAUGACGUAAGUAAAACUAGAUCAAUGGAAAAUAAAGCAGAUUUUAGAUGUGGGAUACACAUGGCACAAUUUCUCCUAAGUAGUAGGCUUUUAAGAAAUAUUCAUUGAAAUGUUUUUGGAGUAAAGAUGGAGAAGUAACUAGAGAAGCAGCUUCAGAGUCACCAUGAGAAUCCUCUCCAACUGAGAUUAAAAUAUCACCACAAAAUGAAUACAGGAGGGAAAGAAAAAAUUAACAAGGAGACAGAGUGAAACAACUUUCAAGAAAUAAAAAUCCCAAAAGGUAGGCAGACAACAUCUGGGGUACUGGGGUGAAAGGAGAGCAGAGCCAGCAAAGGACUGUAGCAAAGAGUGAAGAGCAAACCAAGAGAACCCCCCCCCCCCACAAACAUAUACACUCACUCCACAUCUGUUGUCACAGAUUCCAAACUUAAGCCCAAGAUAGCAUUCAGACUCUGAGAUCCUUCCUGGUCCAAGCAAAUCCACACCCCUUGAAAUUUCAAACCUAUGGAGAAGUUCAGGGUCUCAGUCCAGGGAAAUCUGGGCUAAAGGUGGAUGAUUCAUGUGUGCCUAGAGCAAAUCCAGGAGUCCCAGUCUGAGUUUGGGAUGAGAACAUAAUCCACAGUUUGAGAUGAGGACACAGUUCACAGGGGGAGCCCUCUCCACCCCUGAUAUUUUUACCCAAAACUAAGGGAAGAGCUCCAGGAAAGAGCAAUCAAGGGUGUGCCUGACUGGAUCAAGAACAUGAUGAGACCAAAAACUUUAACCUAUGCCUAGGGCUAGAAUUUGAUUUUCCCCUGACCUGAUCAAGUUCAGAGUGAGAUAAAAAGCUUACACACAAGCCUGAGGAGAAUCUUUAAGCUAUCAGCAUCUCAAAGGUCAAUUGAAUAAGCAGGGGGACUGGACUCUCAGAGCUCUCAGCCCUCAGACCAUCAGGUAAACUACUAUCAACCUGGAAAAUUAGCUGAGAAUAACAUCAAGGAAGAACUGAAAUUAAAGAGGGUACACAAACUUCAAAAAAAAAAAGAGAGAGAGAGCCUACCUAUAUUUAGAUAGAAAAAAUGAGCAAACAACAAAAAAGCACUUAACUCUAAAAAAAAUUAUGGUGACAAAGAAUAAGGUACAGAUAUAGAAGGGGACAUUGAAAGCAAAGAAAACACAUGCAAAGUCCAAAACAAAAAUAUGGAUUGGAUGCUGAGUCUGGAAGAGCUCAAAAAAAGACUUCAAAAACGAAUUAAGAGAGGCAGGGGAAAUGUGGGGAAGAGAAAUGACAAUGAUGCAAGAAGAAAUAGGCCAACUGAAAAAGGAGAACCAAAAACUUAAAAGUCCUUAAAAGUCAGAAUUGACCAUUUUGAAACUAAUGACUUCAUGAGAAAUCAAGAAAAAAUAAAGUAGAAUCAAAGGAAUGAAAAAAAAACAGCGGAAAACAUGAAAUAUCUUAUUGAAAAAAAACUGACCUAGAAAAUAGAUCUAAGGGUACAAUUUAAGAAUUAUUGGACUGAUUGAAAGCCAUAAUCUAGAAAAAAAAUUCUUGGACAUAAUAUUACAAGCAAUUGUCAAAGAUAAUAGCCCAGAGAUCCUCAAACAAGAAAACAAAAUUGAAAUUGAAAGAAUUCACAAAUCACUUCCAGAAAGAAAUUCUCAAAUGACAGCUUCUAGGAAUGUAAUAGCUAAAUUCAAGAGCCAUCAAGCCAAGGAGAAAAAUACUUCAAACAGCCAGAAAUAAACCAUUCAAAUACCAUGGAGCAACAAUCAGAAUUACACAGGACUUAGUGACUUCUAUAUUAAAGGAUCAAAAGGCAUGGAAUAUGAUUUUCAGGAAGGGAAAGGAUUUGGGUUUACAACACAGAGUCACCAACAAAACUGAGUAUAUUCUUUCAGGGGGGAAAUGGACAUUUAACAAGAUAGAAGAUUUCCAAGCAUUCCUGAGGAAUAAGCCAGACCUAAACAAAAAAUUUGAAGUCUAAAAGAAGAUACAAGAGAAGCCUCAAAAGGUAAAUUAGAAAGAGAAAAUUUAAGGGACUCAUUAAGGUCAAAAUGUUUAUAUGUCUACUUGGAAAUAGUAUUUCUGUCAUUCUCAAAAAUUAUUCUUUGUAGUACAGAAAAUAGAAGGAAUUUAAUUGGGGGAAAAAGGAUAGGGAAAUAAUCUGAUUAUGAUGAUAUGAUGUAUAUAUAAAUGUGAUGAUAUGAAACAAUAUGUAUAUAUGAUAGGAUAUGCAUGCAUAUGAAUGGCAUAAUAUGUUAAAAAGGCUUGCACAAAGAGAAAAGGGAAGGGAGAGAUAGAAUAAGGCAAACUAUAUAACAUAAAGAGGUAUGAAAAAUCAUUAUAGAGAGGGAAGGAUAAGGGUGGUAACAAGCAAUGCUUAAACUUUACUCUCAUUAUAAAUGGCUCAGA